AUGGCUAGCAUGUCACAGGCGAUAUGUUUACGACAUAGUGCAUACAUGGCUAACUUUGAGACAUCGGAAGAAUUGAUGUUAAUGAAAUAUGAAUUGAAGAAGAUGAAUACCGACUUCAUCAGUGUGUUUGACAAUGAUUGGAGAUGGAUUAAGCAUGGUAAGAUGACAAAAAUGACAUACUUUGCUUUCGAUUCUUCGGAACCAAAUGGUUCUUUUCUUCACCCGAGGAUUAUCAAGGACUUAGAGGAUGCAUACAACAUUGUUUAA